AUGGACAAGAAAGUAAAUUCAGACGAAACAAUCAAACGAGUCCAAAAUUAUCGACAACAACGACAACGACCUUCGUCUCAGAUUUUCCGUGAACAAAGCACAUCAUCGACCCGUGAAAAAACAACAAAUCCUUGCAACCGUUGUGGAUAUGACCGAGCUCACAAACAAUGUCCAGCAAUGGGAUCUCUUUGCAAUGCAUGUGGCAAACGUAACCACUACGCCAAAGUAUGUCGAUCGAAGCCCGCAGAAAGAUUUUCAAAUAGCAGACGAGAACGACAAUUCGAAGGCAAAGACACAAGAGACACACAACAAUCAACAUCGGGAGAAAGAAAUCGGAGAGACAGGAAAAUGCCAGAAAAUAAAAAUGUCAAGCAUGUUACCUACAAUAGAGAUCGAAGUCCGAGUACCGAAAGCAGCACAUCAAGUGAUAGCGACUUGGUAAACCACUUAAAGAUACACAGGACGACAGGGGAUGAAACGACUUUAUCCUGUGUUGUUUACAUAAAUGGUCAUAAAACACUCGUUGAACCAGACACAGGUGCAGACUCUAACAUUAUGGAUGAAAUACAACUUCAAGAGCUGAAAACCAAGUCACCAGAGAUACAACUAUACGAGUCGAAAGUAAAGCUAAAUACGCUGAAAGAGAAGCUACCAGUCAAAGGCGAAUGCAUUGUGACCAUUGAAAACGAGACACGCAUAACACAAGCACCAAUGGUCAUCAUUAAAGGGAAAAUCAACUCUUUACCUUUAAUUGGACGAACAACCCUAGAAGAAUUGGGCAUGGUGAAGAUUGAUGAAACAGGACGACUUAAAGAACCGAACAAACCCAGUGGUACUUGCAAUAUUCGGAAACUACAAGAAACGCAGUCCAGUGAUGACGAGCUACUCAAACCAUAUCAAGAUCUAUUUCAUGGAAUUUGCAGAGCGACCCGCAAUGGAGAGGAGAAUCAGCUACAUUUACCAAUGGAUGAACAGGCUGAACCAGUUGCACAAAAACCAAGACGAGUUGCAUACCACCUAAUGGAACCUCUCCAGAAACGACUCCAAGAAUUUGUGGAACAAGACAUCAUGGAGAAAGUUCCUGAUCAAGAACCUAUAACAUGGUGUUCUGCUAUGGUUGUACAACCUAUAGCAAAGAAUCCCAAUGAUAUACGCCUCAGCUUGGAUUUACGAACACUGAAUAAAUCCAUGCUACGAAAUUGCCAGGUCCAAGCACCCAUUACAGAAGAUUUUAUUACAGCGUUUAAGGAUUGCCGCAUAUUCAGCAAGUUUGACCUCAACCAUGGAUACCACCAGUUUGUCAUUGAUACCCAGUCCAGACAAGCCAUGACAUUCUCAACGCCAUGGGGAAAUUACCGAUACAAACGUCUUGCGUUCGGGGGAGUCAACAGUCAAGACCUAUUUGAUGGCGAGAUGGCAAACAUCCUAUCGGGUAUUCCCAGAACACUGAACAAUCGUGAUGAUAUUAUGAUUGGAGGUGUAGAUCUUGCUGACCACGACAAGAACCUGAAGAUAGUGCUGGGACGACUAAAGGACUACAACCUUACGUUAAGACAAGAGAAAUGUGAAUACCGAAAGUCAAUACUUGAAUUCCAUGGCCACUGA